AUGAAUUCAAAUUUUAUAAUAACAGCUGAUGGUAGUUUUGAUGUGCAAAAUAAUCCAGGUGAACAAGAACUUCUUGUUUAUCCAUUACUAAAAACUGAAGUUUAUGUUGCAUUAUCAUGUUUAAUGACACAUGGAAAUUUUAUUUUAAAAAUAUUUACUAUUUUUGAACAAGUAACUAUUGAUUUAAUUUAUCUACUGUAUCGAACAUUUCGUCAGAUAUCAAUGUUUAAACCACAAACAAGUAAAAAAGGAAAUUCUGAAAUGUAUGUUAUAUGUAUUGAUUUUAAUCGUGAUAAAUUUACAAAUUCUUUUUCCGAUAAUCUUCAAUUAAAUUCUCUACCAUAUUCAUUAUCAUUUCUUAAUCAACUUAUUCAAUGUUCACAAUUAUUUCAAUUCUAUCAAAUAGAUACAAUAGAACAUAAUCUUAAUUAUUUUCAUAAUCGAAAUCGAAAAUUUAAUAAAAAAUUAAAUAAAAUAAAAACUCAGAUGCUUAAUAAAUUUCUUGAUCAAUGUCAAAUUCGACAAUUAUUAUCAAAUGAUCGGCAUUUAUUAAAAACAAAUAUAGAAUCUCAACAUAUUCAAUCAAACAAUCAUCGUAUAACUCGUACAGGUACAUUUAAUAAUCAACAUCAAAUUGAUAUUGACAUUAUUCAAAAUAAAAUUCAAAAUGGAUUUUUUUGUUUAAUAUGUUCAAAUAAUAAAAUCAAUGAUUUAUGUCAUACAUGUCAAAUAUUAUCUCAAGUAAUUAUUGACCAAUAUUCAUCAAUAUCUCAUAUUUAUAUUGGUCAAUUAAUUGCUAAUAAACAGAUAGUUAUUGAUUGUAUAUUUGGUAAACAAACAAAAAAUAUUCGAAAUUCAUGUUUUUGUAAUAGAUAUUUACUUGAAUUAUGUUGUAAAAUUGAUAUUAAUACGGUUUCAUUAAAUGAAAAUACAAUUGAUUUGCAAUCAAUACGAAAUUCAUCUUCAAUAGAAAUUUCAAAUGAACAAUUUGAACAACUUCAACGAUUUGCACGUGAUUAUCAAAUAAAUUUACAAUCACAAAAUGGUGUUUAUUAUGUACAGUCAGCACCUAUUCUUACUCGUUUACAAGCAUCAGUAAUUUAUGUUCUGACUCGUACAUUUGAACAAACAUCAGUUUAUGUCAUUCCAUCAUCGUCGCCACAUUUACUAUUCGUAUUUGAAACAUUUCAAAAAACAAUAAAACAUGAAUAUGAAACCAUUGGACAAGAAAUAUUAUCAUGUAAAAACUCAACACUAUUACAAUUUAUUCAUAUUUAUCAAUUAUUAGAUCAACAAUUUGCUUUUAAUUUAAUACAAGCAAAUAAUAUAUGUUUACAAUUGAAAUAUGUCAAAUAA